AUGACCUACGGUGCACCCUCUACCGUUAUCGUCACUAUUAUAUAUUGUAUAAGGAAACCCGCCUUACUAUUCAGUUACGGAAAAGCACAGUGCUUGGAUUGCGAACUGGGUCAGUUGUCGAAUGUUGGUGAAACCACAGCCGACGCUGUUUUAGUGAGAUACCUACGCAAUUGGUUGCCUAUUUACAUUCAUAUGCAAAUAGUAUGGUAUUGA